AAAACAACUGACUUGAAAAAGGAGGUCUGUUGACACUUUUUUUUUUUUAAGAAACUCUGUACCAUGAAGAUUCAACUUUUUUUCUUUAUUCUGCUCUUUUCGGUCACAAUUUUACCAGCCAAAAAGAACUAUCCUGAGUAUGGUAGCUUGGACUUGAGGAGAGAGUGCAGAAUGGGUAAUGGUCGAUGUAAAAAUCAGUGUCAUGAAAACGAAAUUAGGAUUGCUUACUGCAUAAGACCUGGAACUCAUUGCUGCUUGCAGCAGUAAUGAUGACAGAAGAACAGAGUCACCAGCUCCAAGAAGAGAGGAUCAGCGUUAUUAAGUUUUCCCAGCACAUCCUUCAAGGCCUGUGUGUCUCUAUAAUACACAAGAACUAAAUAAAAACUUAAUGUUGAACCAUUCA